CCAUAAUCUAUGUCUAUGGAAUGGUCCCCUGCCCCAGCGGAGAUCAGGAGAUCACCACGCAGGAUGCCAAUACUCCUGCAGAGACCCGUUCCUUCACAUGUGGACUGGAGGGAAGCAGGCUGGGUGACUCAAGUCAAGAUGCAGUCGCUGCCUGCCACUAUAGCCUACGAGCCCCGCUAUCGAGCUGCCAACUGCACCGGCUACAGCUGCCUGCCAAAGGGUGACGAGGAGGCUCUGAUGGCGGCAGUUUCCCACGUGGGUCCCAUCUCUGUUGCCAUCGACGCCUCUCGGCUGACCUUCAUCUUCUACCACAGUGGCGUGUACAAGGCGUGUCCCCUUGUGCUCCAAGAAUGGUAACCAUGGAGUUCUGCUCGUAGGCUAUGGAACCCUGAAGGGCCAUGACUACUGGCUGGUUAAAAACAGUUGUGGCAAACACUAUGGUGGGAAGGGCAACUUGAAAAAGGCAAAGAACAAAGGCAACGAGUGUGGCAUUGCCCUACCCCUGGCAUGGCCACAGCACUACCCCUCUUACCCAAAAAUGUGAACUUGAUGGAUACAGCUUCUAUAUUGUUGCAAAUCCUUUUAAGGGCUGCCCAGAAACCAGCAGUAACUAAGGCACUUCAAAGGAAACAAGAUUGCAACCCUAAUUGUAUUGGACACAGAACUGCCAUCACCACAAAGUUAAUCCAUUCAAGAAUGUAUACAACUGCCAGGGAUAAUAAAGCACACUUUACCUCAAGUCCAUGCAAUUAAAAAAUAGAGUUUAUGGAAUAGAACAUUUAACACUGGCAUUGUUCAGACUUAACCCUUACACUGUUGUCUCCUAAUUAACUGGUGUGCCUUGGAAUACAAACUUGUGAAGGAGUGGCACAGGAUUACUUAAGUCUCCGCUGUUUGUUUGAUCUUUGAGUUUGUAAAUGGCAAAGGUGAUCUGGAGAACAGGUUAUGUGUGUAAAUGGUUCCUGCUUCCUUUUUGGCUCUUUGUAGGCUACUGGGCAUGCUCAGAAGGAGUGGUAACAAGAAACUGCCUUGGCCAAUCGCCACAAGUUUCCUGACCUUCGGUGUUGGAUAUUAUUGCCCACAACUUCCUUCACUCACAAUAAUUGUCCAGACUUUGUCUGUUUGAACUGUUCACAACCCCACACCACUAGUGUGAGUGAUUUGUCGACCACAUUACGGUUGAUCUGACCUUUUCAAUUCAACUCCUGAUUGUUUAUUUUGACUAAUAUCCUGUUUUGCUAGCCGUAUGAAAAGUCUUUUGAAGCUUUAACACCUGAUGGAAUGUGACUACAGUAGUGGGUUCAAUGAUCUAUUAUGUACGGUAGGUGUUUUCCCUCCAUCCCAAUGACUGACCAGAAGUAUUUCCUAAACUAACCCAAAUGUAACAUUGCAGGCCGUGUACCAUGUAAGAUGACUAUUUGCUCUGAGUAAAACCAUUGUCUCCUUCUGCAAAUAGAUUGAUCAAAUUGUCUUAAGCUGUACCGUAAUUUCCUUCAAAUUAAGUUGAAGUAAUUGAAGUUUCCACUUUGUUAAAACGAACACAAAAAAUGAACAGACAUGUAUCUGGCACCUUCUCAGUCUUAAGGGUCCCUUUAAUAAAAUAUCUUUCUGUAGUAGAUUUUCUGAAUGUGCGAGAAACAAUGGCCCCUGGUAACUAAAAAGGUUCAUGGUGGGGACACUACAGUAGUUUUGCUUUACAGCACUUCAAAUGGGGAAGGCAGGACUUCACCCAUUGAUAUGGGUAUACAUACAACACAGACAACCAAUCAUAAAAAAGGACUUGUGCUAGAAUAGUAUUCUACUCACAGCUAAAAUAUGCUGUAGAUUCAGAAGAAUACAAAAUGAUUUACAUGGGUGGUGGUAUAUAUCAAGACAGUAGAAAAAAGAUCCCCAAGCACCCCUGAUCAUAAAUAGAAAAAUAAAUUACUUUUUAGACUUAAACGUUUUGAUAGAAGACACAUACAUGUAGAUGCAGACACUUAAUUUUCCGUUUGCACUGCAGACCAAAUGCCUCAGGAUGUAUGACCACUAGUGAGGCAGCGCCCUAAGGCAGGUGAGAGAGAAGGAAGAACAGGAGGAAGAGAGAGAGAGAGAGAGAGGAUGAACAGGAAGAACGAGAGAGACUGAAGAACCCAUGACCACUAGUGAGACAGCACCCUGAAGCAGAAGAAGAGAUGAGGAGGAGGAAUAGAGAGAGGGGAGGAGGGAGAGAGAGAGAGAGAGAGAAGGAUGAAGAAGAAGAAAGAGAGAGACUGAAGAACCCAUGACCACUAGUGAGACAGCACCCUGAAGCAGGAGGAGAGAUGAGGAGGAGGAAUAGA